UUUCUUUUAGAAUAACCUAUAAUUCUGUCACAUUAUUGUUAAAAGUUGUGGAAUUUAACAUUAGUCACAUUUCCAUGCUAUCUGUCAUUGUCACACCUGUUCUAAUACUUCGUUUUAUGAUUUCUUUUUCUGUUUAGUGACGAAAGAAACAGGACGUUUUAUGUGUAUAGAAUAGUUGUUCACGUGCAUUUAUUUCUCGUUUGUUUAAUAAACAAUUGUUAUAUUACAGUGUUGCAAAGAACUCUAUAAAAAUGAUGAGUGACGACGAUCGUGAUAUUGAUAUCGAAAGUGAUGCUGAGAAUGAUUCGGACUCGCGUACUCAUGCCAGGAACAGUGUUGGUGGCAGCGGAUACUACUCCCAGGCGGAAAAAAGAGCACACCACAAUGCCUUGGAAAGGAAAAGAAGAGACCACAUAAAAGAUAGUUUCACAUCUCUGAGAGAAGCCGUACCAGCUCUCCAGAAUGAGAAAGUGGUAUGUUCAAAAAUUGCAAGUCGAGCUCAAAUACUGAAGAAAGCAGCAGAGUACAUACAAUUCAUGAGAAGAAAAAACAAUUCACAUCAACAAGACAUAGAAGACUUAAAAAGACAGAACAAUAUCCUUGAAACACAAAUACGAGCAUUAGAAAAAGUUCGGCAAUCUGGCAACUAUUCUGAUGCACAUGAACUAGGCCUAGGUGUCAAAUCUGAAGGGGAUUCACACGACACUGACAGUUCCGACGGGGAGGCGACCACGCGACGCGUUAAAAAGCUUAAAAUUAAUGGAGUCAUGUCUAGUAAUUAAGAAGGUUGUGAGAUGAAUUCGUCUUAGCCAAUGAUGACAGUUUCCACAAAUAAAAUAAUGUAAACCAAAAUAAUAUUACUUUUCCAAUAAAAUAAUAUUACAUAUAUUUUUGAUACAGAUGAAAUGAAAUAAGUAACUUUAAUGUGUAGUGUUAAAGUCGAGAUUUGUAUACAUAGUUUAGCAUGCAUUUUGGCUGUUCUCUUCAGCUCUCUGUCUAUGUCCUUAAAGUAAGCAUUCUGUGGCACUCCUACAUGACCAUAGUGUAUGCUAAACAAUUUUUAUUUGUCUCUGGCUAUGUGUUUUGUCGUUACUAUUACAGUAGUUAAAUGUAUACAGUCUAGUACUAAAUUGAGAUGUUUUAAACUUUUUGUAUUGUAUAUAAAUAUUGUCACUGUACAUACUAGGGUGUUAAAUUUUGGAUUAAAUAUUAUUUUGCAUAACAACUUACAAUAAUUAUGUAUUUGGCACAGUAUUUUGAGAUAAAAUAAUAGUUCUUAUGAAUUUUGUUUUGCAGGCAAACAUUUGUACUUGUAUGGUUGAUUCAAUUUAAAUUCUCUAUUGUAUAUUUCAUUACAUUUUACUAUUUUUAUUUAUCCAUCUAUGGUUUUAACAAUCAUUGCUGAGAAUGGUUCAUCUUUCACACUUGUUAUAAGUACUUCGUAAUGUUAAGCCGUAAGUAAACUUUACAUUGAAUUUUCUUAUUGAUCUGUUUAUUAAUUAAUUUUAAUGAAAGAUUUACUUUUAAGUAAGAUGCUAUACAUUUUUAAUAAUUACGUUGUUGAUUUGUGUUGAAAUGUUUUAAUCCUGAUAUGAUAGGUUUUAUUAAUGGCGCCUUAAAACAAGUUUUCUUUUAAAUAUUUUUUGAAUGAUAAUGUUGCGAUGCAAUUCCAUUUUAACGUAAAUUUUGUUGUAGAUUUGCAAUUUAUAUUAAUGUGUAGGUUUGUAAACUUUGCAAUCUAAGAGCUAUGUUCCUAAUCAUUGACCAAGCAGCUCCGAAAUCUGAGAUGUUGUACAGUUGAAAGUGGCGAUAAUAGUCUAUUUUUAAAGGAAUUAAGCUACUGUACUUGCAAUAUUGUAAUAUCUUUUAAUUUUGUGAAAUUCAGGCGUUCUGUGACAGUUGAAAGUAAUGAUGUGGAUUUUUCUAAUCCUAUUAUUUUUGUGGGAGUUUUGAUGUAUCAUUUUACUUAAUAUUUUUAUGUAGUAUCAAGUGCGGUAGUUCCUUAAAAAUAGCAAGAAAAUAGAAUUAUAGAUAAGCUUAUUAAAUAAACCCUCAUUUCUUAAUGAAUUUGAAUGAUAAUAGAUGAUUUCACACAAGUACCUAAUUAAUUACGUUCUAUUUUACCAAAUUCGUUAAUCCAAAAAUGUUCAAUUGAUUCAAAGGAAUGAUUAUAAGUACAUUUUUUUAUCUUUAUCUUUAAUGAUUGUAAGAUAAUUCAAUAUGAAGUAAUAAUUCAGUUUUAGUCUUCUUGAACAAUAAAUCGAAUAAGGCUCACUGCACAAAAUGUUGUACUCAAAAAAAAUAUAACACAUACUGGCCGUUUUAUACAUCUUUGCCAUAAUAAAAAAAAAGUGCAAUAUUUUGUGCGCAUAGUUCGUUAUCGUUUACGAUAAUAAAUAUUAUUUUUAUAUUUUGUCAUCGCAAAUAAUUUUUAGAUAUAAAUAGUUUUAAGUACUUAGGUAAGUGAAUGUGUUUGUUCUAGAAGACUAAAUCAUAUUUUUAACGAUAAUAUACAUAAAAUACUCUCGUUA